UUUACACAGAUCAAAUGCAUUAACUCUCCGGAAUGGUCAGAUUUCCACUUAGACGUGUUGUCCUUCCCGAGAUUAUGCAUUGACUUUCCGAAAUGGUUGACACUAGAUUUGUCCUUAAGAUUUCUAUAUAGGACAUUCGAAUCAAUGUUCAUCUACAAGUGUGAUUUACCGACUAACAACAGUUUAGGCGAAAUCACGCAAACGCUAGGAAUCACCGGCGUGAAAAAGCUGGUCUUUCAAUCGAACAAGAAUUUGAGCUUCGCCCUGGUCAAGCAUCAUUUGGAUGACUUCGAAAAUUUGAAGUCUCUGUCCUUAACGAACAACAAUGUGUCCUACGCAGAUAAAGAUCUAUUAGCUGGUCUAGUCAACUUAACGGACCUCAACUUGCGCGACAACAAUUUACACCAAGUCACAGGAUUUUUCAACUACACUCCCGGACUGCAGUUUCUCGAAUUGGAAGACAAUGCUCUGCAAUCGAUAGAACCAGGCACAUUCGACAAUCUGAAAAAUCUGACGUUUCUCAACUUAUCGGUAAAUCAUUUAACCGAUCCUCGGUCGGGAAUUUUCGACGAGCUCGUCGCUCUCCGAGAGCUCGAUCUCAAUACGAAUGACAUGGUCAGGUUGCCGGAAUACAUCUUCGCAAAGCUCAAAAACCUCGAUGUUCUCAACUUAUCUGAAAACAACUUCACAAAUUUACCGAGGAAUCUGUUACAAAAUAACACGAAACUACGCAAUUUCACGCUGUUUGACAACAAGCGAAAUAUGACAACCUUGCCAGAUGCAUUUUUUGCUAAUUUAACGAAACUGGAGAUGUUGAAAUUGAAAAGGAACGGAUUUGUCACGCUACCGGAAGAUCUUUUCUGGGGAUGUACUUCGCUAAUUAAUAUCAAUUUGGAACAAAACUAUCUUCGAACCUUACCUAGAUACAUAUUCCGGGAUUUG